GCAUGUCAGUCGGCUGACGGAGUGCGUGUGUGGGGAAAAAUAAAUAGUUUCUAGGCGUGGAUAGUCGCAAAAUUAGCCUUUUCGCAUCUCUCCCCCGUACAAUGUGACACGGUGAUUGUGGUAAUUGAUGAGGACAGCAGUGCGUGAGUGAUAUCCAGCCGAGAUUUCUCAAAGUGACCCUGCUUAACCUCAACUUUGGGCGAUUGCGAUUCCUGUCAAUGGAGGAAAAUUCAAUUACUCCUAUUGACCCGGUGUGCUGAGUUGAGUGCGGUGCUCUCGAGGGGAUUGUCUGACUGUGGAGCUUGUGCAUUGGGCGCAGAAUGGAUCAGUCGUCGCCGCAAUUUAUGGUCUUCCAGGCACUUCAGUGUGCCUGCAGUCAGAACUCAGAACUGCUGAAGCCGGCUGAACAGAAGCUGUGCGAGUGGGAAGUGGAGCCGGGCUUCUACACGAUCCUCCUGCGCAUCUGCACGGAUCACACGGUGGACGCCAAUGUGCGCUGGAUGGCUGUGGUGUGCUUCAAGAACGGCGUGAACAAGUACUGGCGCAAGAAUGCCCCGAACGAAAUCAAGGCUGAGGAGAAAGUCUCCAUCAAGACGGCUCUUAUCAGCUCAUUCAAUGAGCCGGUGCCUCAAGUGGCCGUGCAGAUUGCUGUAAUCAUCUCGAAGAUUGCCAGGCUUGAUUGCCCGCGGGACUGGCCAGAAUUGAUCCCAACGCUCCUGGAAGCUGUGCGCAGUGACAAUCAACUGCAGCAGCACCGAUCACUCCUCGUUCUGCAGCACGUCGUGAAAGCGCUGUCGUCGAAACGCCUCCCGAGCGAUCGGUGUCUGUUUGAGCAGCUCACGGAGAGUGUUUACUCGUUCAUCCUGAACUUGUGGGACGGUUUCAUUUCGCUGUACUUCCAAAGUAUCCACGAGCAGAGCGUCUCGCCCGACGUUAGCGUGUCGUAUAUCGAGAAGGCGCUACUCACGCUCAAAAUACUGCGCAAACUGACCAUUUAUGGCUUCAGCAAGCCACACAAGUCUGAGCACUGCAUGAUGUUCAUCAAGGCGCUGUUUCAGCGCCUUAAGGAGUCGCUGGAGUGUCGCAUGCGACUCAAGAUGCAGCCGCAGCUGCGCAACUUGCUCGAGAUGACGGAGAAGUUCAUCCUGAAGCAGAUGAAGAUCCUCAAUGAGUUUGUUGAGCAACAUCCCGCCUCGGCGAUUGACUUUGUGUCGACGAUCCUCGAGUUCUCCUUCAAUUACGUGUUCAACGAGGGCACGAACAUGAUCUUCGAGGGAAAUGUGGUCCAAUUCACAAAUUUUGCCAUUCACUGCAUCAAUCUUAUGAAGAGAAUCCUGUCCACAUACACGUACAGUGCGACAGAGAUCAAGUCCAAGACGGUGGACUUUUCGCAGGCCACCAAGGCGAAAAUGGACUUCUUCACGCCGGAACGGAUCAAUUACAUCUGCGAGAAGAUCAUCACGCACUACUUCAUUCUCACGCAGAGGGAAUUAGACGCCUGGGAUGAGGAUCCCGAAGCCUAUGCCUCAGACGAGGGCGGAGAUUCGUGGAAGUACGAGCUGAAGCCCUGCACAGAGACGUUCUUUCUCACGCUAUUCAACAACUUCCGCGAGCACGUGAUCCCAGAAGUGGUGCGGUAUAUUCAGAAGGCGCAGAUGACGACUCUGUCUGAGGAUUCUGGGUUAAAGGACAUCCUGCUGAAGGACGCCAUCUACAAUGCAGCCGGUCUUGGUGCCUUCAAUCUGUUUGACGAGGUGGACUUCGAUCAGUGGUUCACGUCACAGCUGCUGGAUGAGCUGAAGAUCAAGAACAACAACUUCCGCAUCAUCAGGAAGCGUGUCAUCUGGCUGAUUGGUCAAUUGACAGGCGUGAAGUUCUCGCCAUCGCUGCGACCGCAGGUUUAUGCGGCGUGUCUGGAGUUGCUGAAGCCAGAAGAGGACAUUUCAAUACGCUUGACCGCCUCAAAAACUCUCAUGACGACAAUGGAUGACUUUGAGUUCAAUCCUGAGGCUUUCAUACAAUUCCUCGAGCCGUCAUUCUUCCUCCUCUUCUCGCUGCUCAAAGAGGCUCGCGAGUGUGAAACGAAGAUGAACGUGCUGAAUAUAAUGUCUUUCAUUGUGGACAAAAUGAGCAAUAAUAUCCACUCUCAGAUGGAUAAUUUGAUUGAGUACUUGCCACUUCUUUGGGAGGAGAGUGUAAACCACAAUAUGCUGCGCUGUGCCAUAAUUUCGACUCUGCUGCAAAUUGUUAAAGCUCUAUGUGAUAUCCCGACGAAAUUGGCACCCUUUCUCUAUCCUGUUAUCUCAAUCAGCACGAAUGUGGAGGAGCCAUCGCAUGUGUACCUCCUGGAAGAAGGAUUGGAGUUGUGGCUCAGCGUGAUAGAGAACAGCAGCUCGAUGACACCUGAAUUGCUACAGUUGUGUGAUAAUGUGCUUCCCAUAAUAGAGAAAUCAUCGGAAAAUAUGAGGACGGUGCUUUAUAUUAUACAAUCCUACAUUCUGCUGAGUCCUCAGGUAUAUUUGCAACGUCAUGGGAAGAAUGUUGUAUCAACAUGUGCCUAUCUCUUGAGUGAUAUGCGUCCCGAGGGUAUUUGCAUGAUUAUGAAGCUCUUCGAGGCAUUUCUCUGUGCAAAGCCAGAAUUUGCCAUUGAACUGCUGAAGCCUGUGCUGCCGGACAUCUUCAAAAAUGUCAUUGAGAAUAAGGAGUACUCUCUGGUGAUGACAAUGUAUCUGUCGAUAAUGGCUCGUGUUCUGCUCAUCAAUCAAGUGGUCUUCAGUGAGAUUCUGCAGAGUCUUCAGCAGCGAAACGCUUUGGGGGACAUUCUGGACAUUUGGAUUGCUAAAUUGCCACUCGUGGCGCAGACUGACAAGAAGAAACUCCUCAGCUUGGCCCUCACGAGUCUCCUGACAGCCCACAAUGACACCAUCUUCGAGCGCUUCGGUUACAUUAUCCUGAAGAUCUGUGAAACACUCAAUGACAUCAUGAAAGAUGACGAUGACACAGGCGUUCUGACUGAUUCCCUGGUUUUCACUGAGUCAAUGGAGUUCGAUAACAACAGCGACAUUUGGCCUCUGGCCAACUAUGUGGAGUUUGAAUACAAGACGCACCACUACGAGAGAUGUCGUCUGCUGGCCAUCGAGGAUCCUGUUCACAAAAUCGUCCUCAGGGAUUAUCUCCAAUCUCAACUAUUCACGCUUAAGAAUCAAAUAGGCACUGAGAGAUAUCAGAAUCUAAUGAUGAGCAUUGAUCCGAGUGUUCUAUCUAAUCUGGCGGACUUCAUCAAUAUUGGGGUGAACAUUCAGGCAACAGCGUAGCUUGGCUAGAUGUGGUGUAUCUGCAAGAGCCUAUAACUAAUAACAAAGUAAUAAUCAACAAGACACAUAUUCAACAAGAUAUUGCUUAAGAUACUCUCCUUUUGAGGCGUCAAGAGCCCAGGAAAUGAGUGUGGAAAUUGCGAUAUAAUCAUUGGCGAAACUUUUAUGUUUAUUUCUGUCUUUCGCGGGUAAACUUUGUUAACGUGCGUCAUGUUUAAUUUUAAAAACUGUUUUUACAAUCUGUCUUCAUAUUUUUUUUUCUAUGUUGACCUUCUAGCGAGAACCUGCAAUUUGUUAUGUGUAAUUUGAGAGUUAGCAGAGAAGGGAGAAUAAAACGCGAGAUGU